UGUCAUUCUCUCACCGGAAGUGACACAGCAAAAUGGGCCAUUUUCGCUAUAACCAAAAGCACUGAACAUUUACAACUAUUAGCCGAAAAAAUCCAAUCUUUUUUCACCAGCAACCAAAAGACCAAACCAAGAAGAGAAAAAGUUGCAGCCUUUGAUGCGUAGUUUGAUUUGACAUGGUGGCAAUUAUCUUAACAGAAGCUCUAUUUGGAGCUUCUUCUUGUACUGAUUUCAAUGGAGUUUUUGGUUCAAAUUACCUUCGUUGCCCUUGUUUUUCAUCAAGAUUUUCACUUUCUGAGACACCCUUUUUGGAAAUUUCUUUGGGAAAAAAAAAGGUGAAGAAACAGAAGAGGAUAGUUGCUUGUAGCUUAGAUAAUGGGAUAGUUGAUAGAGAAGAGCUUGAAUUCAAGCCUUCAUUUAAUGAAUAUCUGAAAGCUAUGGAGUCUGUGAAAGAAAAGAAACAAAGGGAUAGUGUUAUUAGAAGAAACAAAAGUGAAGAAAAGGAUAAACUUGAGAGUGUUAGAAGAAAGGACAGUGAAGAAAAGGGUAAAUUUGAUAGUGUUAGAAGAAAGGAAAGUGAAGCAAAGGGUAAAUUUGAUAGUGUUAGAAGAAAGGAAAGUGAAGCAAAGGGUAAAUUUGAUAGUGUUAGAAGAAAGGAAAGUGAAGCAAAGGGUAAAUUUGAUAGUGUUAGAAGAAAGGAAAGUGAAGAAAAGGGAAAAUUUGGAAAGUCUGAGAAGGAGAAAUAUGAAGGAGUUGGAGUUGUGAAAGAGAAGGGUAGUGGUGGGAAAUUGGAAUUUAGAAUGGUGAAGAAUCAGAAAAGAGAGAGCAUAAUAAGUAAGGAAAGGCAUGUUGAUGAGAUGGUGAGCAUGGAAAGAGAAGCUUUUAAGUCAAUGGAUGGAGAUGCUUAUGAUAAGCCAAGAGUUACUAAGGCUGAGAUGGAAGAGAGAAUCCAAAAGCUUGCAAAGUGUCUAAAUGGUGCAGACAUUGACAUGCCUGAGUGGAUGUUCUCUCAAAUGAUGCGAAGUGCUCAGAUUAAAUUCUCAGAUCAUUCUAUCUUGAGGAUUAUCCAAAUAUUGGGCAGAUUGGGAAAUUGGAGACGGGUGCUGCAAGUCAUUGAGUGGCUUCGUUCACGUGAACGCUUCAAGUCGCACAAGUUAAGAUAUAUUUACACAGCUGCACUGGAUGCAUUGGGGAAGGCAAGGAGGCCAGUGGAAGCACUAAACUUGUUUCAUGCAAUGCAGGAGCACAUAUCAUCGUAUCCAGACCUUGUGGCUUACCGUUGUAUUGCUGUCACUCUUGGGCAAGCAGGACAUAUGAAGGAACUAUUUGACGUCAUCGAUACCAUGCGAUCACCACCCAAAAAGAAGUUCAAGACUAAUAUUAUUGAGAAGUUUGAUCCACGGCUUGAGCCGGAUGUUGUUGUCUAUAACGCUGUGCUAAAUGCCUGUGUCCGCCGUAAAAGCUGGGAGGGUGCCUUUUGGGUACUGCAACAGCUAAAGCUCCGGGACCAGCAGCCCUCAAUAACAACAUAUGGAUUAGUCAUGGAGGUCAUGUUCGAAUGUGGCAAAUACAAUUUGGUUCAUGAUUUUUUCAAGAAAAUGCAAAAGUCAUGCGUUCCCAAUGCUUUAACCUAUAAAGUUCUUGUGGAUACUCUUUGGAAGGAAGGAAAAACAGACGAGGCCUUACUGGCUGUAAAAGACAUGGAAGGACGGGGAAUCGUGGGUACUGCCAGUUUGUAUUAUGACCUUGCUCGUUGCCUUUGUAGUGCAGGGAGGUGUGAAGAAGCGCUGAUGCAAAUGGAAAAAAUAUGCAAAGUUGCUACCAAGCCUCUAGUGGUGACUUACACUGGUCUAAUUCAAGCCUGUCUGGACUCUGGAGACAUUCAGAGUGGAGCAUACAUCUUCAACCACAUGCACCAGUUUUGCUCCCCAAAUUUGAUUACUUACAAUAUAAUGCUAAAAGCUUAUCUAGAUGGUGGGAUGUUUGAAGAAGCAAAGCAAAUGUUUUUCAAGUUAUUGGAUAAUGGUAACUCUAUUAGCAAUAAAUUGGACGGCAAGGAUAAAGUUUUUCCGGAUGUCUACACAUUCAACUUGAUGCUGGAUGCAUGGGCUGCUGGGAAGAAAUGGGAUGAUCUCGAGUUUGCCUACUCACAUAUGCUGAAAUAUGGACACCACUUCAAUGCAAAACGUCACAUGCAGAUAGUACUAGACUCCUGCAGGGCUGGAAAGGUGGAAUUAUUAGAAGCAACAUGGAAGGACUUGGCUCGGGCUGAUCGGGUUCCGCCAGUGCCACUAGUCAAAGAAAUGUUCCGCAUGCAGCUUGAAAGAGGCAACGUUGCUGCAGCCUUGGCUUGUGUUGCUGAUUAUCCUUCUGCUGAGUCGCAGGCAUUUUCUACCAAGUUUUGGAUGAAUUUUUUUGUGGAAAAUUCUGACAGAUUAUCAGAUGCUACUUUUUUCAGAUUGCUACAGGAGGUGAGCCAGGUUGCCAGAAAUGACGGCAGAAUACUUAACAAUCUGAUGGCUUCUUGUAAAGAAUUUUUGAGAACUAGAUCAGCAAAAGUUGAUAGAGUUCAUAGUGAAAAAGCUCUAGUUUGUUAAUUUUGCUCCACCCCAAAAGAAAAAAGACCAUCUUAAACUAUAUGUUCUGAUCUUGAACAAGUGCUCUAUUUGUUAAGAGUUUGGUCAAGUUCAUAACCCACUAUUCUUUAGUCAGCAUAAUUAUAUUUGAUUGUCUAGCUUAAUAAGAACUUAUGCAAUAAAGUUAACCUGCCAAAAUUGAUCUAAAUUUGGAUUGUAGGACCCCGAGUCUUGUCCAUACAACUCAAGUACAUGCAGAUUUCAAAUUUACGUAAUUUGUCACUUGUGUAAAACUAGAGGAUGUCUGAAACAGUUCUCAUUUCUCCAACAGAGGAGCAACAAUAGUGACCAGUUAUCUAUACACAAACAAAAGAAUAAAACACGCAACAAAUUCUGAGCACAGAUGAGGAUAGAAACUAUACCUGGCCCGGAAUUAUUAUUGAUCUAAAUAUCUAAUACACAAAACUCCUUUAUGUAAUCAAUCUGGACGAACGAAUAAAUAUAGAACCCCC